CAUAUACCUUUAUCAAAACGAGAAGUCUCAUCAUAUGCACAAUACUACCUGACCGUACAUCGUCUCCAAUACUGUUAAAUAUGCUGAGCAUGAACACAGUCGCCAUGACGUCAUCUGUGUUAAUUAUCCUCCUGGGAUUAUCCUGUCAAAUGGUGGAUGCAUCUUUGGAGAGCGAGAUGAAGAAAAUUCUGCCUAUGUGUACAGUUAUAGACCGGUACAUGGAGAACACACGCUGUUUCGACCCAGAAAACAUGGAGGCCAAUGAAGACAGGACGAUGUUUGAAGAAGAGUGUAUAUGCCCCGUCUAUCGAUCCUGCUUCGUGAAAAUCAUCGACCAAAUCUCAGAUGGCAACAGCAUUGUUGACUUUGCGACGGCCGAGAAACGUUACAUCUGCAAAUCACAGAAGACCUUGGAUGUAGAGCAGAAGAAAAAGAACGAAGCUUCCAACCACGCAGCUUCCGGUUAAAUCAACAGUUCUCUGACUCUGCAAGUGCUGCAACCACAUCGUUGUUAAAAAUAAUUGAGAAAUAAAUAUUCGUUACCUUC